GUUCCUUCUUGUGCCGGCGAGAGCAAAUGCGGCUUGGUCUGCAUCGUCGUGAGUUUGUGCCCUGUUGUCUCCUAUAUUGGUCUUGCAUAGAUUUCUCCCAUCAGCCAUGAUGAAAGACAAAGAAGCAUUCCAGAGACUCAGUUUCCUUUACCAGGCAGCACAUUGUGUCUUGGCACAAAACCCAGACAACCAGGAGUUGGCUCGUUUCUAUUGCCAUACGCAGAACAGCAUCAGCCGACGGCUCGUCUUAAGACAGGACCCUUCUGUGAAACGAACCAUCUGUAAGUCCUGCUUCUCCCUUCUUGUCCCUGGAGUCAGCUCAACUGUACGCCAGAGGAAGCGCCGUAAUCAGCGGUGGACUGUUGUGAGGUGUCUCAACUGUGGCUUAACCAAGCGGUUCCCCAGCAACCCUGAUUAUAAGUUGUGGUCGGAGCAGCCUGAGGCAUUACUGGAGAAUCAUACUGUUGCCGGUGAAGGAACAGAAGGCCAAACACACAGGCCAGUGCAGCAGUCCCUCAAAGCUUCUGGAACAGAGAAGGCAACAGGCCCGAGUGCCAGACCUCAUGCUCAUCCUGCCUCUGAAGAGACUGCAGUAGGCACCCAAUCAAGGGAGAAGGGCCCAAGUGGAAAGUGACCCCCCCCCUUAAGAAUGGACCCUUCCUGCUCCGUUGUGGGAAGUUCAUAUGGUAGCCCCAGAGCUGGAGGUAGAAGGAAGCCAAUGUGGCUAACAAGAUUAUUUGAAAGGAAUCAUUGAGUAAAGCAAGCAAAAAGCCUGGCAAACCACUCGCAGGAGCUGAAUGGCUCAGACAUGAUGGGCUUGGGGCAUAAAGGUGCUUUUUAUACAGGCCCCUUAAGGUAACUAGUUUUUAGGCAGAAGGCAGCCGAGUUCCCCCCGCCCUCCUCUAAAAGAGGCCUGAUACCAAGCCAUCUCCCGUUCCCACUGCCUGUGUUCCUCUCUGCCCUCCCACACACAUUCCCAACAGCUCCAAAUCACUUUUCUCACUUUUAUUGCCCCAUACAUUCCUCUCUUUCAGUUGGCUUCCUUGAAGGGCUGAGUUCUCCCUCACAGUUGGAUUUUACCUGGCUUUUACCAGUUGCUGACUUCAGUUAUUGAGGAUAUGUGCCUGUGGAAGUCUCAAAUUUGAGGGGGGAAAUGAAUGAACUUUCUUUUGGAUUCGUAGGGAGGCAUUGCUCCACUCCAGUCCUCGUUUUUAUAUGGGGAAAGUUAG